UUCGUGAAUAUUUACCCCUUGUGCAAAUGGCACACGAUCCGGUCACCAAGCGUAUUGCUGUUUUGUCCAAAGGAAAUAUAAAGAAUGUCAAAUUGGACGGUGUUGAGUCAUUGAUAUCACAGAAUAUACCAGAAAAUAAGCUUACAAGCAUAUCUUUUCGCAAGAAAAAAAAGCUUGCGCUUGUUAUAGAGCUGAGCGACGUGAACAGUGCAAAAAUAGUGUACGAUAUUUUAGAUGGUCAGGAGAUUGAGAACAUUCUGUUGGAGUGUUAUUUUAUGGACGAAAAGGCGGAACUAGGUGAAGAAAUUUUUACUGAAAAAAUAGAAGAGGUCAGAAAAACGAACACGAAGAAGAGCGAGAGGAAGAAGCAGAGAAAGGAAAAAAUGAAGAGAGAAAUAGAAGAGAGAUUGAAUAGGAAAAACGCUGAUGGUUUUAUCUUUGAUCCAAGUGAUGCGCGAUUUGGUAAAGUGUACACGGAUCCAAAUUUUUUUAUUGAUGCGAGUCAUCCACUGUACAGGAACAAUAGCGGUGCUGAAAUGAUGGUUGAGGAAAUGAAGAGAAGGAACAUGGAAUAACAGAUUUUUUAAUAAAUGUCAAUCUGAUUUAUAUGUUGAAAUGGUCGUACUUUAGAAUCAGCCGGUAUUUUAUAUAGAUCUUGGAUAAACACGUGUCGAAACCAUGUAAAUAAAAGACAACUCUGAAGCUGAUUGAUCAGUUCUGUGAAAUAAAUUAUUUGAC